AUGGCUGUCACCACUGUCACCUCUGUUCCGCAGUCUCCAUCGCCGUCACCGACGUCGUCGUCGUCGUUCUCGCCGUCUCUCUCGCCUCUCCGUAGAGCCGAGGGCGAGGGCGAGGACGAGGGCGAGGGCGAGGGCGAAGCUGAGCUCUCGAGCUCGCUCCCGACCCUGCCGUCGCUCUCGCCACCAUCGCUCUCGCACCCGUCACCGACCUCGCCUCCGUCAACCUCAAAGCUUGUGGCCAAAUCGUACCUGUCGGCGGGGACCUCGCCGCGUCGCGCGUCACGAAGGGAGGCUCUGCUCAACUUUGUCCCGUCGUCGCCGUCGCGCGAGACUGUCAUCUCUUCGCCGCACAAGCUGUCUGCUGCUGCAGCCGCGGCUGCACACUCACAGGCGAGGGCACGGCCACGGCAGAAAAGAUCGGGGCCGAACUCUCCGCAGCGAAUCCGCGUCGCACCGGACGACAUGGUGUGCGCGGCGCUCGGCGCGAGGUCACAGGUGUGCUCGGUCGGCGACGUGCCCGUGUGGAUGCAUCUUGCGCCGCGGAUCCACGGGCGAGUGCUCGCGGUGUUUGACGGCUCGGCCGAGGUUCAGCUCUUUGCCACGCCUCAGCAGACGCACUGGGGCGCGGCGCUGCCGUGCCACGGCAAGGGCGAGCUGCUGCGGACCCGGCUGGUGCUCGUUGUCCCGCUCGCGUCACUCGAGGCCCACAUCUCGAUUGAGCCGCUGCGGGCGUUCCAGACGCGGUUUGCCCAUGGUGCGUACAGCUACGACCCGGAUCGCAACUUUUACUUUACAUCCGACUACGAUGCGCACGGCCGCGCGCUGGUCCCGCUCGGGCCGAGCGAGCUGGAGCACACGCUCACCACUCCGCGUCGCAUCGCGGCCGCCUCGACCGCCAGCCGGGCGGCGGCCGUUCCGGGCGUCUCGCCAGGCAAGCGUCGUCGCAUCGUCGACUCGGAUUCGGAGUCCGAGUCUGGCGGCGACGACGACGACGACUUUGAGGCGGCGCCGAUGAACAUCCCGGUGCCGCCGGCGCGAAGCCGGCCACGGGUCCGAGCCGAGCGGCGGGCCGAGCCGGUUGGGGGGCGGAGUCGCGGCGGCGGGCCCAUUCGCAAACGGGCGCGGCGGUCGCUGGUCUCGACCUGGCGCGAGUCAGCCAACAAAAUCCAGACCGAGGCGCGCAAGUCCGGCCGGCGGCACGGCGGGCCGCGGUCGAGCGCCUCGCUCCGUCAGCGGCCGACUGCCGAGUGGCUCGAGGGCAUGGCCGCGUACCUCGCGGCGUCGUCGAUGAAGCACGAGCAGCAGGUGCGGAGCGGGGCAAGUCUGCGGGUGCGCCCCACCGGCGGUGCCAGGGCAUCCGAGGUGCUGGCUUCCGACGACUCGCUGCACGACUUUGUGGUCGACGACCUGGGGUCCGGCACGGACGAGGUGGCCGGCGGGCGGGUGCAUGGGGCGGGCGGGGCGGUCAAGUUCCCGCCGAUGGCGCCGGGCCGCAGGCUGACCAACGCGUGCCCGCUCCUCCGCGAGUUUGGCGACUUUGUCCACUUUGUGGCGGCGUGUUUUGUCGACGCGUCGUUCUGUGAGUCGGUCGCCGCCGAGGACGCUGCCGCCGGCGCACCGUCGUUCCUCCUUGCCGCUGCGCGCAAGCUCCGCAACGCGCUCGACGUUCGCAAAGACUCGCUCGUCCGGUCCAACUCAUGGCGGAUCCGGUUUUCAGACGCGCUCGAGGCGCACCCGCAGCUCGAGGGCAUCGACCUGUCGACGCCGCUGACCCAUCCGCACAAUGCAGUCCCGCCAUCCUCGUCCGAGUCGGACGACGAGGCGGCUGCACUCGAGUCUGGGUGCGAGGCGUGCGGCGUGUCGACCCAUACUGCACGGCACGCGGUCCUCCUCGGCUCCACCCACGCUCGCUACGACGCCAGCGAGUGGUGGAUCCGGCCGUGGUCGCACCCCAAUGCCCGCGGCAUCGCCGUUGCACUCGCGGGCAACAGCACGUGGAUAGGAAGCAUGUCCAGCAGCGAGGCUCGGCCCGGCACCCGCUUCGAGCUUGGCUCACUCUGCUUCCGCCGCGCGCUCCUCUUUCACAGGCUGCACCACUUUGCCUUCAAGCUUGCGCUCCGCGUCCGCCGCAAGAUCCUCACCCUCGCCGACGAGCUCAGCGUCGUCCUCGACUCGACGUCCGAGACACAAGAGACCAUCCAGACUCGGGCACUCCUAGUCAAGUCGCUCCUGCACUCGUCCGAGUGGUUUGCCGCCGAGCACCAGGAGCUCACCACCACCAUCGACGCUGCCGACGCACUCCGCACCCGUUAGUGGGCGUGGGCACACAAUGCCUCGUGACUCUCGCGCUCGGUAAGAAGAACAACAGCAUCGCAGCCCGCUGGAUCGCGCUCGUACAGCUCGCCGCGCGCCGCGACUUCUGCUGGUGGCAGAGGCCGGAGGCCGUACUUGCAUGCGAUCCGCAGCGAGCCGACCAGUUCGCGGACCAUGUGGUUCGGUGCGAGGUCCUGGGUCGAUAGCGGCGUGCGAUCGAGCGGACAGGCCGAAUGGAGGUCAACAACACGGGUAAAGCACGCUUGACACGC